UAAAAUAAAUUCCAAAUCGCUUGGCGGUUUAUUAAUCUUACUCUCUCUCAACCAAAAAAAAACCCGUAUUUUGAGAAACAGAACCCGAAAAGCGAAGAUGUCGGGCAUGGGAGACGGGUACGUGGGCACGGCCCAAGACGGCGUGAGGAUACGGCGGUUACAGAAGCAGAGAGAAGCUGAACGCCUUAAAAUCCAAGAGCUCAAAACCAAGUCUGCCUCCGAUAACGGCCAGCCUGGUCUCCUCCAAUUCGGGUCAAGUACCUCCGAGAUUCUUGAGACUGCAUUUAAGAAGGAAACUGUGGGUUUGGUUACAAGAGAACAGUACGUGGAGAAGAGGGUUAAUAUUCAGACCAAGUUUGAAGAAGAAGAGAAGGAGAAACUAGAAAAGCUACGGAAAGAGGAGGAGGAUCUUCAGUUGCAGAAGCGUAAAAAGAGGAAGAUUAAGGGGAGUUCUAAGUUGUCUUUUGCGGAUGAUUUUGAGAAUGGAAGUGACGAAGAGGAUGUUGAAAACAAAACCUCAGAGCCAAAUAAUUUAGUGCGGGGGAAAUUUGGAAAAGAUCCCACUGUGGAAACAAGCUUUUUGCCUGACAGUGAGCGAGAGGCAGAGGAGCAGGCUGAGCGUGAAAGGCUGCGGAAACAGUGGCUUCGUGAACAGGAACAGAUUCAAAAUGAGCCCCUUGAAAUCACUUACAGCUACUGGGAUGGAGCAGGCCAUAGAAGAGUGAUCCAGGUUCGUAAAGGUGAUGCCAUAGGAGAGUUUCUUCGGGGAGUUCAGCAACAACUUGCGCCAGAGUUCAGAGAAAUUAGGACUACUUCUGUGGAGAAUUUGCUUUAUGUGAAAGAGGAUCUUAUCAUUCCUCAUCAACACAGUUUCUAUGAGUUGAUCGUUAACAAAGCUAGGGGAAAAAGUGGACCGCUCUUCCACUUUGACGUGCACGAGGAUGUGCGAACAAUUGCUGAUGCAACCAUAGAGAAGGAUGAGUCCCAUGCUGGUAAAGUUGUUGAGAGGCACUGGUAUGAAAAGAACAAACACAUCUUUCCUGCUUCGAGAUGGGAGAUAUAUGAUCCGACAAAGAAGUGGGAGCGUUACACCAUCCACGGGGAUUGAUAGGAUAGCCUAACAUGGCUGCUGCCAUUUUUCCAAAGUUUGUUUUCGAAAGGAGAAGUGGAAGUUAUUAUCAAAUUCUUGGGCUGAACUUUAGUACCUGCUGUGUAAGUUGAGAUUUGGAGUUAGAUAUUUAAUACUUCACUGUGGCAGUUCUCGUUUAAUUUUUGGAAGCCAGUGUGUGGAGUUGCAACAUGUAGUCAUGAAUUUAUUAUUGUUUUUAGUUUUCAUAAAUAUGGUUAGUAUUUUCCUGCUC